UGAAAUCCUUAUUCUCUCGUUUCUCGUUUAUUUAUAAUUAACAUUUUUUUAAAUUUGAUUUUAAAUUUCAAAUUUACAUUGGUUUUUAGUUUAAAUUUACUUUUGACGUCGUUUGUGUUAAAUCUUUGAUACCUGCUAGUCGUGAACGUCGUAAUUACAAAAAAUACCAGUUGAAAAAAUCAUUUUAUAAUUUAGCAUAAAUGGGCAUUGAGGAGCUAUUUGUUUGGUACCAGCAAAAAAUUGGCACAUACGACAAACAGUUAUGGGAAACACGAAUAGAACAAAGAGAACAACGAUUUUAUGGUUUAAACCAUGUUCAAAUGCGUACUGCAAAACUUAAUACUGAUUUAAUUGACUUAGAUCUAGUCAGAGGUUCUUCAUUUACAAAAGCUAAACCUCAGCAUGGAAUUUUAAAAGUAACAAGAUUAGCGACCGUUAGAUCCAUUUUUAUGCCGCUUUAUGCCAAAUGGUGGAUACACCAGACUUCUGUCAAAUUUUUUACAUUUUUAUUGUUCCUAUACUCAAUGCAAUUUUUUAACAUUGUUAUGUUUUAUAUGUACUCAUCUUCAAGUUCAGAGGGUCUUUCAUGUAUGGAAGUAGCCGUACCUGUUAUUAUGGCCUGGCUCCUAAGUCUAAUUCACUCUCAGAUUGUUGCUACCAUUCCUGAUAAACAAGACAAUCGUAGAAGGACAAGGAAAAAACUGCAGUUUGCAGAUGACAUCAAAUCUGACAUUAAAAACAGAAGACGUUUUAGCACUAAGAACAAUCCAUUCAAUCUUCAUUUCAGUUCCUAUGCUAUUAGGCGAAAGUAUAGGUUAAACUUAAGGCCUUGGUUUAGAAGAGUAACUGUAGAUGAUGACGGUUUUGAAAGUUUGGUCGGUAAUGGCUCUAGAACCAGUGAGGAAGACAUUGUGUCUAACGAACUGGUUCAGCCAAUUGAAGUGUUAAAUUUAGGUAAUACUAGUACACCAAAAGAAUUCAAAGAGAAAACUGCAAGUUCUCCACCUUUACCAACUGAAAAGAUACUAAUUGAAGAAAUCACUGAAAACAUUACAAGUACUACUUCCGGCCCUGCUCCUGCUUGUGUUCUCUGUAAGAGAGGUAGCCAAGAUCAAGGCUUAGAGGGUGAAGAAGCUUCGAACUGUCCAUCUUGCCUAAAAUGCAAGAACUGGGUAAAACAAUUAAAAGGUAGUGUAAAGUCGGCUUGUUGUACGGACUCCGACAGUGAGGGUGACGAGGUAUAUAGCAAAUUCUCCAAAAAAAGCAUUUCCAAACGAAGAGUUGCAGCUCAAGAGUUGCCGACCAUAGCAGUAACGUCGGCCGUGGACAGCACUUGUGAUACAGAAAACGAGGCUCUUUCGUCACCCCGUGAUUGGACUGCUGGGGUCACUACAAAUAGUGAGGAUUGUAGUAGCGAUUUAGACGACGUGUCUGAUGCAGCACCAGCAGACCGCUGUUCAGAUUGUUUCGUUGUUGAUGGAGAUGCUAAUGCGUUUCUUACGCCUCCUUCCGUUAAGGCAAGUUGCACCAUCUACGAAAGAGAUGAAAUUAAAAAAGCCGAUCUUUCAAUGCUCGACAUCAGCUCCAUAAUUAUCAGCAAAGUUGAAGCAACCCCUUCAACUCCAGACUACUUUUACGCGGGAAUAGUAGUCGCUUCAUUCAUUACCAUUUUACCUUUACUUUGUCGAGUCAGCGAGGAAGAAGCUUACGUGAGAACAUUCUGGGAAACCUGCAAGAAUGGUACCUUUAUGUUUAUAAACUCAGGCUCAGCUACUGAUGCUAUUUUUGUCGCUGCAGAUCAGCUUUCUAAAAGGAUUGUCGAAUUUGCUGAUGUAGCUUUAGCAGAAUCUGGCUGGGAACGUUGUAUAGUCGCUGUAGCUAUGAUACAGCGUUUUAUUUUAGCGUGUAUGGUUUUUUUUCUUUUGGCGAUAGCGGAAAGAACUUUUAAACAACGACUUUUGUAUGCUAAAUUGUUCUCCCAUCUUACAUCAUCCAGGCGGGCACGAAAGUCGGAGAUUCCACAUUUUAGGCUCAAUAAGGUUAGAAAUAUUAAAACUUGGUUGUCAGUACGAUCUUACUUGAAAAAACGUGGUCCUCAACGAUCUGUAGAUGUAAUCGUAUCUACAACUUUUGUCGUAACGUUACUUUUACUAGCCUUCUUAUGUGCAGAAAUUUUAAAGGAAACAGUGUCGUUUUCCCAAUAUUAUUUAGAAGCACUGAUAUGGUGUGUCGCAUUGGGUGUUAUGCUUUUACGCUUCAUUACUCUAGGAACGAAAAUUAACAAAAAGUACCGAAACCUUUCGGUUCUAAUAACGGAACAAAUCAAUUUGCACUUACAGAUUGAGCAGAAGCCACAUAAGAAAGAUGAACUGACUGUCGCCAAUAACGUGUUAAAAUUAGCAAUUGAUCUUUUAAAGGAAUUGGAAAACCCUUUCAAGAUCUCUGGUCUGUCAGCAAAUCCGAUACUGUACAACGUAAUCAAAUUAGUGAUUCUAUCAGCCCUUUCAGGCGUUCUAUCAGAGAUGUUGGGUUUCAAACUAAAGCUACACAAAAUCAAAUUAAAAUGAUGAUAACUAGAUAACAAUAUAAUAUAGUUAAAAAUUAAUUAUCUGCAAUAAUCACUUAUAGUUAACAGAGAAUAUCCGGACACUAUUCAGAUUCGCGUUUAUAAGCUUUUUAUAUCAAUGCAAAUUAUUUUUGUGUAAGGAUAAGAUUUACUGUGAUUUGUAAUGAACAGGGCAGAAAUAAAUAAUACUUUUAGGGUAGGGUGUACAAGUAAGUUUCUAAUAUCUGAUAAGAGAUUUGGGCGAUUAAAUUAUUAAAAGAUUAGCAAUAGUUUAACUUUUAUUCCAGUUUUCGUCAGGCUUCAAGCUUUUCGAGAAGUUUUGUCUUCAUUAGGUAGAAGUUGAAACCAGAUUUUGGUUAUUUUAUAAAAUUGAAUUAAAGUUGUAAAUUUAGACGUGAUACUAUAUUGUGAUUAUAGACUAGUAAAAAUAUUCUAUAGUUAAUAUUACGUGGUUCUGUUUACAAGAUUUUGAAUUAUAGUUCCUUUUUUGUGUUCUCUAUAUUGUAUUAAUAGAUUAAAUUUAAUUAGA